UGGCGAGCGGUACUUCGCAUAAUUCGACAAGAUGAAAGCCAUCUGCCUGCUCCUGUGCCUUGCACUGGCCCGCGAUGGUGCGGGUCACAUAUUCAGGCGGCACCGCUACAACCCGCAAAUGGAGAAUUCCAUCGCCCAAAAUAAAAUGGACUUCGACUCACAACAGGGAAAUAUUAAGAACAAGGAAGUGGAGCAGAACUACAAGCAAUACGAAAAUUAUUACGACAAUUCUCGGUUAAGCGAGAAUGAACGUUACCAGCCGAUUGUGCGAGAACAGAAGCAGGAGGUUCGUCGCCGACAGAAACUCGCCGGUGAGCAGCAAGAAAUGGAACAGUAUAACAGAGGGUACGAGAGAUAUUACGACAAUUAUCAGUCGAAUGAGCAAGAACACUACCCAGCGACCAUGCGCCAACAGAAGCAGGAGGUUCCUCGUAGACAGGAACUCGUCCGUGAGUACAAUCAACAGGGUAACCAGUAUCAGCAGAAACAAAACCAACUCUACCCUGAACCGCAGCGCUCGUCCUAUAAGCAACAGAAGCAACGUUACCAAGAAGGAGCUGAAAAAAUGCACACCUAUCAACAGACAUACGAUUCCAAUUCCAUGGAGAGCAACACCCAUGACAAUGUCAGAGAAGACAAAUACGCCACACCAAUGUAUGCCGAUACUCCCAUGCUUACUGCUCAGUUAGCCUUGAACUUAAAAAGCCAGAACAAAAAGUCAGUUUCAGGUGAUUCCAUUGCUUGGAGAGGCGUCCAAAUAGCUACUGGGCCCAAAUCUUCCGUCAACAAAGAAGACAUUGAAAAAAUCUUUGAAGGCGCUUAUGAUGCAAUGAAUCACCUCAGUGAAGAAGACAAGAAAAUGUUCCACCAGGCGUUGGAGGAAACUAAAAAUUCUGGAGACGAAGAUGUACACCUUAACGCUACAGAGCUUCUUAAUAAAUACCACUACGGGGUUGAGACUUACACUGUCAAAACCGACGACGGUUAUUACUUGACUCUAUUCCGCAUUCCACCGAAGCAACAGAUACCGCAGCGGCCCGUCGUGUUCCUAAUGCACGGUCUUCUGGGAAGUGCAGAUGACUGGCUGUUAAUGGGUCCCGGCAAGUCGCUCGCCUACUUGCUCGCUGACGCCGGUUACGAAGUAUGGUUGGGCAAUGCACGCGGCUCCAAGUAUUCUCGUCGCCACGUUACCAAACACCCCGCUUUAGCUGAUUUCUGGCAGUACAGCACCGACGAGAUCGCUCUUCACGACUUGCCCACCAUGAUUGACUUCGUUCUUAAAACUUCCAACCAAGAGAAAAUGUACUACGUCGGCCACUCGCAAGGAACAACUGCCUUCUUUGCUCUUGCGUCCAGUCGCCCUCAAUACAAUAACAAGAUCAUCAUGAUGUACGCUUUGUCGCCGAUGGUAUACAUGUCCAACACGCGCAGCCCCCUACUCCGAUUGAUAGCUCCAACUAGUCCCUUUCACCAUAAACUGAACCACCAACUUGGUCAUGGAGAGUUCAAACCCAGUUCGGAACUGGUCCACACUAUUGGCGGCGCUAUGAUCGAAAACGAGAUCGGCUGCAAGAACAUCAGCUCUAACGUCAAAUUUGUCGUGUCUGGCGUCAAUGUUGAAAACUUGGAUGUCAAGGAUAUCCCUGUCAUCAUGGGUCAUCUACCAGCGGGUGCAUCUACAAAGCAAAUGAAGCAGUAUGCUCAGGCUGCCUCAACCCAACAGUUCACCAAGUAUGACUACGGCUCGGAAAUCAAUGAAAAGGUGUACGGCAGCCGUCAACCGCCUCAAUACCAGAUGCAGAAAGUGACAGUCCCAGUAGCUCUGUACUACAGCGACGGCGACUGGUUAGCGAACCCUCAAGACGUGGCUAAAUUGGAAAAAGAACUGCCGAAUGUGAAGGACUCAUACAAAGUAACGGGACGAGGCUUCAGCAACAUGGACUUUCAGUUCUCGAAGAAAGCACCCGAAGUUAUUUACAAUAGACUGAUCGAGUCCAUUCAAAAGCAGGCUCAAGAAAACUACGUUUAUUAGUGUUAAUAAUUUAUUUAUUGCUAAUUUAGGUUAACGAAAGAAUUUGUAUUUGUAUACCUCAUCGGAUAAAAAAAAUAAAUCCGUCCACAAAAAUUACUUUGUUUUUUUC